AUGACGAGCAUUGGUGAUAUUGUGCUUUCCAGGGUCAAUCUUGCUUUAUCGCGACAUGAUCCGGUCCAAUGGUCCGACAAUUUGCAAUUGGCAUUGAAUCUGUAUACGGAACUAACCAUUCUUGAGCCCCGGCUUCCAGCUUACCAUCAAGUCAUCACCAAGACAAAACAAAAUCGAAACGCAAUUCUUCAUGCCAAAGAGUUAUUCUUAGCGGGAGUACCAUUGCAUACUGAAAGCAUUGGCGAACUACCUUUGGGAAGGUUCCUUAAGGUUAUAUUUAAGAAUGCAGAUGAAUUUUUCACCGGCCUACCGAAUGACCCAACAAUUGUUUUACACAAAUGGACACCUAUAUUUCCCCGUACGCGAGAUUGUUGGCUUGGCGUACUCUUCAAUACGGGGGAGUUGCUAGUUUUGGGGAGAGAGUAUUAUAAAGAUUCUUUUAGGUAUAGAGUCAAGAUCAACAUGUUUGAAAUAUUGGUUGAAUUAUACAAGAUUCCAUUCGUUGAUGAUAAGUGGUAUGUCAGUGCAAAAGAGUUUGAGCAUUUGAAGAUCAAGUAUUUUGUAUUCAAUAUGGUUGAAGAUGUAUUACAUUUGGCCAUAGUGGAUAUAGCCAAUAGAGUUUCCAUCUUCAAGUGGGCGCAAAGGGAUAUAAAUAAAGAAGGAAAAGAAAAUGGUGGUGCUUUUGAGUUUACUUUGCAGCUUGUAAAGCAAUAUGACUUUGGCAAAAGUAUUUUGCGAAUCGUUUGGAAAGAAAAUGUCUUUUUGAUUAUUGGACUUGACAACUCGGUUACUAGAUGCACCAGUGAUUUUGAGUUGAAAUCAAUUCUUUUUCCCGCUACACGAGCACAAAAUCAACACAAUGAUAUUUUGACAGUUGAAGGAAGACAAAUCAUUGUUUCAACAUUUACAUCUAAGGUAGCAGUAUUUGAUUGUGAUAGCAACCAAAAGUAUGAGUAUGACACAGGCUCGUGGUGUGCAACGUCCUCAUUAAAUAUAGGUGUAUGUGACAAUAAUGUGUUGAAAAUCCUUAUUAGUUUCGAAGAUGGCACACUAUCAACCAUUUUAUUUGAUUUGGCAAAGGCAAAGGCAGGGGAAGGGACAGGAGCAACAGCAACAGCAAGGCAACAUUGGUUUAGCACUAUGGAGAAUGAUCAAUCCUUGCAGUUGUUCAAAGAACGAGUUCUUUAUAAAUAUGAAAUGGCCAGUGGAGAAGAGGAAAAUGUUGCUGAGGGGGGGAACAUCUUAAUUCAUAAUGCCACAUGCCUAACCAAUGAUGUAGUUGCUGUCGUUUAUAAAGUUUUACCCAAAAACGCAGUGCAUUAUCGAAUACCAUCAGCAACAUUUGCAAAUUUGCUGUUUGUCAAAUUAGAUAGUGCUAUUGGGUUACCGAAAAACAUUCAGCAUACUACGUCGAUAGCAAAAAUUGUAAAGGAAUAUUUGAGCAACUACCUAGCGUUCCCCGUUGUAGUUGAUGACAUUUCAGUUGCCCACGUUGAUAGAGUAAGAGAUUUUGCUGAAGACAUUGACGAGUAUGUUGAAGAGGUGUUGAAGAACUGCAGUAUACCAGAUCCACCUUUGGUGCAAAAUAAUAUGAAUUUGCAACAAUCGCUCUCCACCUUAUUUAUCAAAAAUUCAAACAAAGUAAUUGAAACUUUGCAGUAUCAACAGACUUUGACUCGAUUGUUGUUAUCGGCAUUGCAUAAGCACAACAAUGAAAGCAACCCCGAUGUUGGUCCCUUGUUUCAAAAAGUAAAACAGAAAAAGCAAGAGAUUGAGAAUCGGUUAAGACAAUGUUUGAUAAAUAUAGUGCUCGAGUCAUUUGUCAAAGCUGGUAAUUCUGUCUCGACUGUUGACAACUAUAUCCUUUUGUCCAUGUCCAAAGUAUCAGAACGAGCAACAAACAUUGAGGUUUUGCUGCAACUCCCAGAGCAAAUUGUGCUCAAGGUUGAAGGUAGUAGCAUCGCGGAAACUUUUGAAAUUCCACGUUUUGGCUUAGAGCCAUUUAGAGACAAGAUGGUUUAUUCUACUACUAAUCAUGGCUGGGCGACGUGUGAUUUAACAUAUUUGCCAAUUUUAACCAUGAACAAUCAAGUAGACGAGCUACAACAAUUUCGGUAUAUUCACCCCAACGAUGUUUCUGGUGAGUUGGCUGUAACAUUGUUGAAUGAACUAGACUACUGUUACAUAAGUGGGAAUAGAAAGUACGAUAUCAGGUGA